ACAGAUUUAAAAGUGAAAACCCUCUCCCCUGCCAUUAAAAAAAGAAGAAGAAGAGCGGGAAAAAUUGAACCUCGCAGCAGGAAGUUGGCAAGUGAAAGGAUCAGUAUAAUUAUAAAUGGAUACAAGCUCGCCAUUGAUCAAGCCGAGGCAUUUGGGUGAUUCUAAUGUCAGUAGUCAUAGUGUGGACUUGAUCAGCAAGUUGCCUGAUGAAGUUUUAACUCACAUUCUUUCGUAUUUUACAACGAAAGAAGCCGUUGCAACCAGCAUUUUGUCUAAAAGAUGGGAAUACCUUUGGACACUUACUACAGAUCUUGAUUUUUCUGAUCAGUUUCCUACGAAUUUCUCGGACAAAAAUGAAUGCUACGCUAAGUUGAGGUCCUUCAAGGAUUAUGUGGAUAGAGUCAUCUUUUAUCAUGGAGGGUCGAUCAUUCGAAAAUGCCAUCUGCAUUGCCAUAUCUGUCAGGUUUCCCCUAAUAUUUAUUUAUGGGUUUGUGCUGUAAUAACUUGCAAUAUCCAAGAAUUGAGUAUUGAAGGAGGUUCCUUUGAACUUCAACAACUUCCAUGGAGACUGUUUACUUGCAAAACAUUAGUUGUUCUGAAAAUUAGCGGAGAGUUUAUGCUAGAUUUACCCACUCAUAUUUGUUACCCAAUUCUUAAAAUCCUCAGUCUUGAUAGUGUUGUGUAUAUGAGUGAUGCCUCUAUGGAUAGGCUCUUUUCUGGCUGCCCUGUCCUUGAAGAGCUAGAGAUUAUAAGACGAGAUGAGGAUGGUGUACAAGUUAUGAAAAUUAAUACACCUUCCUUAAAAAAGUUGACCAUUCACUCCUAUGUUGAUCAUUCUGAAAAUGAGCAUAAGAUUCAGCUGAAUACUCCAUGUCUUGAGUAUCUCGAACUUAGUGGUGAAAAAUUAGGAGGUUAUUCUAUGAAUUCUUCCUCUUCCCUCGUCGAGGCACAUAUUUACGGUGGAUGUGAUUUAGACCUUCUGAAUGGAAUCUCUAAAGUUCAGCAUCUAGUUUUGAAUGGACGAAUCAUGCAGGGUCUGCAUACUAUAAUCCACGAUCAUGGAUUGCCUACAUUCAAUAAUCUUAAGAAAUUGGAGUUGUAUGUUGGAAAGCCAGUUGAUUGGGAAUCGCUGCCAGAUUUGCUGCAGAGCUCUCCAAAUCUAGAAGUUCUUGUCUUUCCUGAGGGACUUGUGGUGCCUCGAAAAAGUGGAAGAGAUUAUUACCGUUUCUAUUGGCAUCAGCCAGACUCGGUGCCUGAAUGUUUGCUUUACCAUCUAAAGAAGGUUGAAAUUUUUAACUUCGUGGGAUUGCCCGGUGAGCUCUAUCUUGUAAAGUAUCUGCUGGAAUGUGGUGAAGUAUUGGAAUGCAUGAAUAUUCACUGUUUUGAUUUCAGUACAAGGCCCAGAAUGAGGAAGAAAAUGGAAGGGGUUAAAUAUGAGGCUUUGCUGGAUGUUUGGUGUAGUAUCCUCAUGAAUCCUUGAGCAUGUCAUUUUGCAGCAUAUCAGAUGCCUUUCUGCUGUAGUACUCCUGUGAAGUGUAGUAUGCCUGAAAGUUUUUGGUGAUCAGAUCAUUUAUGUAUAUGUUUUAACAUGGUCUAUGACUUCUCUAUAAAACUAUAUGAUAAUGGAGCUUUUGUUGAUCAGAUCAUUUUUACCGAGGGAUUGCCAACCGCAA